AGAACAGGGAUGAUUUGUUUAAAGGUUUUUUUUUAUCGAAAUGCUGAAAUUAACAACAAAUAGCUUAAAAGACAAUAAAAUUGCCGUUUUCUUGGACCACAGAAAACUAAUUGACGAAUCCUAUGGCGACUUUAAACUUCGAACUGAGCUUUUUCAGUUUCAAGCCAAGAGGCAGGCGCAGGAGGACGGCGAAAAGCGCUCAAGGAAACGGAAGAGGAAAGCCGGCGAGGAAGACACUUCAUCAUCGGAGGACUUGCAGCUUGUCAAUCGGUAUUUAAGGCUCCUGCCCAAGCCCCUGGUCCCGGAUGUCACUCCCCCAAUAGCCAGGCAUUGGGAGGAUUCGUAUAAUCUGCCUCAGCUCCAUGGAGCCAACGAAAGCGGCAAACUACAGCGGUUCCAGUGCCCAGAUGAUACUGGAAGGGUUUACCUCAUUCCCGACAGAGCCAGCUUCUACAACCACAAUGUGGACCAACUUCCAGCACUGCUGCCCCAACUCCUGCCCGCCUACGACCUCAUUGUGCUGGAUCCGCCCUGGCGUAAUAAGUAUAUCCGUCGACUGAAGCGGGCCAAGCAGGAACUCGGCUACGCAAUGCUACACAAUGAUCAGCUGUCGCUCAUUCCCAUUUCCCAGCUUACGCACCCGCGAUCUUUGGUGGCCAUCUGGUGCACCAAUUCAGCGCAGCAUCAAACGGCCCUGGAGCAGCAACUUCUGCCCAGCUGGCACCUCCGACUGCUUCACAAACUACGCUGGUACAAGCUCACCUCGGACCACCAAUUGAUUUCCCCUCCGCAAGCCGAUGUAACCCAGAAACAGCCCUACGAGAUGCUCUAUGUGGCCUGCCAUGCCGAUGCCCCUGAGAAUUACGGUGAGGAAAUCAGGAACACAGAGAUGCUGCUCAGCGUUCCCAGCAUUGUGCACUCCCACAAGCCGCCUCUCCUAGACUGGCUAAGGGAACACCUUCACCCGAAUGAGCCCAACUGUCUGGAGUUGUUUGCCCGUUAUCUGCAGCCGCACUUCACCUCCGUCGGCUUGGAGGUUCUCAAGUUGAUGGACGAGAGGUUAUACAAAGUGGGUAAAGACGAACCCAAAAAUAUAUAAUUUUAAUAAUA